GGCCCGGGGGCCACGAUGGCCUGCCGCUCCUGCGUCGUUGGCUUCAGCAGCCUUAGCAGCUGUGAGGUGACCCCUGUGGGCGGCCCCCGGCCUGGGACCUCGGGAUGGGGCAGCCUUGUAACCCCCGGGACAGGCUUCAGCUCCUGCAGCCUCACAGGCUGUGGGCCAGCCGGCACCAUCCCCAAGGUAACCAUGAACUCCAACCUGCUGGUGCCCCUGGACCUCAAAGUGGACCCAAGCAUCCAGCAACAGAAGAACCAGGAGAAGGAGGAGAUGAAGGUCCUCAAUGAUAAAUUUGCCUCCCUGAUUGGCAAGGUGCAAGCCUUGGAACAGCGCAACCAGCUGCUGGAGACCCGCUGGCACUUCCUGCAAGGCCAGGACUCUGCCACCUUCGACCUCGGGCACCUCUAUGAGGAGUACCAGGGCCGGCUGCAAGAGGAAGUGUGCAAAGUGAAUCAGGAGCAGGCCCAGCUGGAGGCCAAUCUGCUGCAGGUGCUGGAGAAGGUUGAGGAGUUUCGAAUCAGGUAUGAGGACGAGAUCUCCAAGCGCACAGACAUGGAGUUCACCUUCGUCCAACUGAAGAAGGACCUGGAUGCCGAGUGUCUUCGUCGGACUGAACUGGAAACCAAGUUAAAAGGCUUGCAGAGCUUCAUGGAGCUGAUGAGAAACAUCUACGAGCAGGAGCUGAAGGACCUGACAGCCCAGGUGAAGGAUGUGUCAGUGACUGUGGGCAUGGACAGCCGCUGCCACAUUGACCUGAGUGGCAUCGUGGAGGAGGUAAAGCUCCAGUACGAUGCCAUCGCGGCCCGCAGCCUGGAGGAAGCCGAGGCGUUCUCCCGGAGACAGCUGGAGGAGCGAGCCGCCUGCUCAGCUGAGUUUGGGAACAGUCUCCAGAGCAGCCGCAGUGAGAUUGCUGACCUCAACGUGCGCAUCCAGAAGCUUCGAUCCCAGAUCCUCUCCAUCAAGAGCCAUUGCCUGAAACUGGAGGAGGACAUCAAGGCAGCUGAGGAGCAGGGGGAGCUGGCCUUCCAGGAUGCCAAAGCCAAGCUGGCCGAGCUGGAGGCCGCCCUGCACCAGGCCAAGCAGGACAUGGCGCGGCAGCUGCGCGAGUACCAGGAGCUCAUGAACACCAAGCUGGCCCUGGACAUCGAGAUCGCCACCUACCGCAAGCUGCUGGAGGGCGAGGAGAGCCGGAUGGACUUGCCUUCAACCGCCAUGGUCAGUGUUGCGCAGUCCAGACCCAGAAUCGCUGCCUCCAAGUCUGGCCUUUCCAGAGCGCAGUCCCGGAAGAAGAAGAACAGAAAAGGCCCUGUGAUCAAAAUCACCGAAAUGUCUGAGAAGUUCCUCUCGCAGGAGUCAGAGGCCUCAGAGUAAAGGCAGCUGGACCCCAGUAGCCCAAGUCACUCCCCUGCCACAAAAGGGACUUAAGCUA